CAUAUAAAUGCCCGGUGGCGGCGGCCGGGAUUCCCUGCCCGGGCUCGCCGCGGUGCCUCCGUCCCUCUCGCGCCGCCGCCGGCCGAGCCCCCGCGGCUCCGCGCUACCCCCGGCAUCCCCGGCGGGCGCCUUCCUGCCGCUCUUCCCGCUCCUGCCCCGGCUGCGGCUGGGCGUGACCCACGGCCGGCAUGAAAGUCACGUCCCUCGACUGCCGCCAGCUGAGGAAGCUCCUGCGGAAGGAGCCCUCCCGCUGCCUGGUGCUGGACUGCCGGCCCUACCUGUCCUACUCGGCCUCUUGCCUCCGCGGCUCGCUCAACGUCAACCUCAACUCGGUGGUGAUGCGGCGGGCCCGUGGCGGGGCCGUGCCGCUCCACUUCGUGGUACCCGAUGCGGCAGCCCGCGCCCGGCUGCUGCUGGGCGGCGAGGGGGCGGCGGGGGCCGCCCGGCUGGCGGCCGUGGUGGUGCUGGACCAGGGCACGGGGCACUGGCAGAAGCUGAAGAAGGACAGCACGGCCCAGAUCGUCCUCAACGCCCUGCUCUCCAGCCUGCCGGAGGCCGGGGCCAGGGUCUGCUUCCUGAAAGGGGGAUAUGAAACCUUUAACUCGCAAUAUCCUGAGUGCUGCGUGGAUGGAAAACUCAUUUCCCCAGAGAGGACUGAGGCAGAGAGAAACCUCGCCGGCCACUGUGAGAAGCAGUGUGCCAACCACAAACCCGCUUACGACCAGGGUGGUCCAGUUGAAAUCCUGCCUUUUCUCUACCUUGGCAGUGCCUAUCACGCUUCCAAGUGCGAGUUUCUUGCCAACCUGCACAUCACAGCCCUGCUUAAUGUCUCCAGGAAAAGCUCUGAGUCCUUCAAAGACCAGUAUUGCUACAAGUGGAUCCCAGUGGAGGACAGUCACACGGCAGACAUCAGCUCACACUUCCAGGAAGCCAUUGACUUCAUCGAUUAUGUCAGACGAACGGGGGGAAAGAUCCUGGUGCACUGUGAAGCAGGGAUUUCACGCUCUCCCACCAUCUGCAUGGCAUAUCUCAUGAAGACAAAGAAGCUGUGCCUGGAGGAAGCCUUUGACUACAUCAAGCAGCGCCGGAGCCUGAUCUCACCAAACUUUGGCUUCAUGGGCCAGUUGCUACAAUAUGAGUCUGAGAUCUUGUCUUCCACUCCCAGCCCCGCCGUCGCCUCGUGCAAACGAGAAGCUGCGUCUUUCUUUGCAGAAGAACUGACAUUGGGCAAAAACUUUGAAGGCUCAUGCUUUGCCUUUCCUACCUCAGUGUUGAGUUCUGUGCCCAUCCACUCUCCUGUCCACCAGCUGAAACUCAACCCAAUGACAGCAUCUUCGUCCUGCUGAACACCCUGGGAGACUGGAGCUGGUGUGGUCCUCUGAUCUGAACUGUGACCCCAAGAAGAACAUUUCAUGAACGUGCAAUAGAGAAACCUCGACUUAGUCUGGGAUGGAAUGGUUGUCAUGGGUCAUACAUCCCAUAUGCUGUGACUGUAAGACACAAGUGCUCUAAAUGUGGCAGGUUUUUUGAACUUUUAUUGUCCUUUUUUAAAAAAAGUGCUUUUUUAGGUUUUUAUCCACAGGGUGUGCACCCACUACUGUAUUUUCAGAUCCCUGGGGAGCAAUGAGAAAUCCAUUUAGUAUGUUCUCAGUUCCCAUAUCCUUCCCUUUUUAUUUUUGAAAAGACCCUUAUUUAAAGUUUCAAGCAAUAAACAGCAGCAGCAGGGAAGAAAGCAAAACAAAAAGCACGACCUUUGCAACUGCAGAGGUGGUGGGAGUGAGUAUCUGUUCUGCUUUCUCUCUGGCUUUUCUCCUUUCCUCUCCUGUGUCAUGUUUCAGGGAGCAAAGGGCUGGGGUGAGGGAGGGAGCUCCUUUCCCAGGACACUGUUGCACAACCAGGUGAAAAUCCCCUCUCCUCCAGUCUCCCAAGUGUCAGGAGUUGACCACAGUGUAACUGGAUACCAAACCAGACCAUGGAUCCAUUCAGGUGUGGCAUUUCCUGUGCUUCUGCAUUUGCCUUUGUACUGGAUGUGCUUUUAGCUAAAGCAGGGGACUUAGCGGAAGCCAUCAGGCUACCCUGCUGAGCUAUUAUCCUCCCAUCUGUUAGAGAAGAACAGCCCUAGAAUACUUGAAUGUGUCCACAACCCUCAUCAGAAUUACUUCCCAUCAGAUAACACUGUAACUGCUGGAUUUUACACCAAAAAAAAAAACCAACCCUGACAAGCUCAGCUCCAAGCCAACUCUUCCACUACCCCUUCCCAAGUGUUCCCAAUGUGUAUCGUGUGUGGUCAAGUGGUCUUGUUCAGUGUUACGUGGCUUGCUUAGCAUGUGUGGUCACCUAGCCAGCCUUUGUCUGUGAAAACUGGUUUCUCUCUUGCUCUUAUGGGCUUCUGUGUCUGCAGGGAGCUCAGAAUGAGCAGGUCUCUUUGUCUGUUGACCUUUUUAUUUUUUUUUUUUAAUAUGUAUGGGAAAUGGCAAUAAUUUCCAGGAGAUCUCGUGAAUGUGAAAGAAAACCUGCAAUGGUUUUUAUGGCGUGUACAAAAUAAUAAAGGAAAAGUCAGGAA